ACUUCUGCGUCCCCACUAUCGCUCCGAUUCCUCCGUCUGCUACUCGUUCUUCAGUCAGGAGCCAUUUCGAAGGAGAGAGGUGGUGAAUGAACAUGGCCGACGACAAGGUGCUCCAGCCCACGACGGCGGCGGCUCCUCCUCCGUACGAUGUGCACGCCGACGACCACAAGCGCGCCGCCGACAGAAUCAUCAGCGAUGCGCGCCAUGCCGCGGAGAAAGAGCACAACAUGACGCUCUUGCAGGGCAUCAAGUUGUACCCAAAAGCCAUUGGAUGGUCGGUUUUGAUCAGCACGUGUAUCGUCAUGGAGGGCUACGACGUGUGUCUGCUCAACAAUUUCUUCGGCUUCACGCCCUUCAAGCGAAAGUACGGCGAGCAGCUUCCCAAUGGCAAGUACGAGAUCCCCGCGCCGUGGCAGGCGGGCUUGUCCAACGGCGUUAUCGUUGGCGAGAUCAUUGGUUUGUUCCUCAAUGGAUACAUCAGUGAGGCGAUCGGGUACCGGUACACGGUUAUAGCGUGCUUGACCUUGAUUAUCGGAUUCACGGCCAUCUUCUUCACGGCGCAGACGGUUGUGCAUUUGUUGAUUGCCGAGAUUCUUUGCGGUAUUCCGUGGGGCGUCUUUCAGACCUUGACCAUUACCUACGCGAGUGAGGUGUGUCCUGUUGCGCUGCGAGGUUAUCUAACCACAUACGUCAACUUCUGCUGGGGUCUCGGCCAGGUCAUCGGCAUCGGUGUGAUCCGCGCCAUGGUCUCGCGAGACGAUGAAUGGUCGUACCGCAUCCCCUAUGCGCUGCAAUGGAUGUGGCCCGUUCCCCUGAUCAUUGGUGUGUACCUGGCUCCCGAGUCUCCAUGGUGGCUUGUCCGCAAGGGUCGACUCGAAGACGCAAAGAAGUCUCUGCUUCGCCUCACCAGUCUUAACCGCGAAACCGACUUCGACGCCGAAGAAACAGUGGCUAUGAUGGUGCACACGACUGCUCUUGAAGAGAAAAUUACCAAGGGCGCAUCGUACAUGGACUGCUUCAAAGGCACCGAUCUUCGUCGCACCGAGAUUGUUUGCAUGGCGUGGGCCAUGCAGAAUCUAAGUGGAAAUGCGUUUUCCGGAUAUUCUUCCUACUUCCUGCAACAAGCUGGCCUGCCGGAAUCGACAUCCUACGACUUCGCCAUGGGCCAGUACGGGAUAAACAUGGCUGGUGUGUUCGGGGCCUGGUACCUGAUGAAGCUCGGCUUCGGACGACGAACACUCUACCUCGGCGGUCUCUGUGGACUGUGCACCAUGCUCUUCGUCAUGGGCUUCCUUGGCCUCGUGCCCGACUCCAAACGCCAGACCGGCGCCAUGGCGACAGGCUCCAUGAUGAUCAUCUGGGCCGCAUUCUACCAGCUAACUGUAGGUACCGUCUGCUACUCUCUCGUCGCCGAGCUGUCCACCCGCCGAUUGGCCAUCAAGACCGUCGUGCUGGGCCGCAACCUCUACAACGUGAUCGGCAUCAUUACCUCCGUCCUCACGCCCUACAUGCUGAAUCCCGGAGCUUGGAACUGGGGAAACUAUGCUGGGUUCUUCUGGGCAGGAGCAUGCUUCCUCAGUAUCGUUUACACGUAUUUCAGGCUGCCAGAGCCCAAGGAUCGCAGUUUCGCUGAACUGGAUCUACUCUUUGAGAAGAAGAUCUCCGCGCGCAAGUUUGCUAGCACCACAGUCGAUGUAUUCGAGGAGAGACACCUGGAGGGCACGGCGGCGUUUGAUCGGUAUGAGGAGAAGGUCGAGGCUGUGCAACGUACGGAGACGGUUGCUUGACGAGGGUGUAACAGCGUUUUGAUGCGCAUCGUUUGAUCGUGUUUUAUUUGAAGCGAAGCAAAGAGAAUGUAGCAUAGUCACCCACCGAGAAUGCAGCGAAACGUACUUUGUAAGAUGUUUAUCAUACCUCAUAGCCUACUAUACA